GUUGCUCGAAGGAAGCAGUUGUAGUGAAGAAAAUGCAGUUAAUUCUCUUGAGUGUAUUGAUAUUGGGAAGCAGUGUGUCUUCCGUUACUAUUGGUUAUCCUUAUCAAACCAGAGUUUUGGCUUAUUCUCCAGGACGUGGCGACUUUUCUGUACCCAGUGGAAUCAUUCAAGGUUAUAUACGUUAUGUAGAUAACACGGGCGUUGAACGUCUGGUUGGGUACAGUUACCCGCGACCGGUAUUGAGAAUAAGUCAAACCCCUUACACAACAUCUGUUCAAAGCCCAACAAUCGAAAAUGCGAUGAAGACAACACCAAUGGAAUCGCAGCAAACAAAAAUUAGUGCAAAUGAUGCUGCUCGUGAUGUUCAUUUCCGUGCUUGGUGCUUGCAACAAUAUCAGGCAUUACAGCAUGAAAUGGAUACUUUCCGUUCUCAAGGAAGAGAACCUCCUGCCGAUAUGUUGGCCAAAUUUCAACCAUUGGAAAGGAUAAUCGCAACUGUCGAUUAUAGCACAAUCGCUGACAUACCAGAGAUAAAACGUAUACAUGACGAACAUUCGCACAUAUGGAACGAAGCGAUUUCCAAAGGUACGCAAAUGGUAGAACACGUUACCGAUAGUCGAGGAGAGAUGAAUGAUGCUAAGACAUCACUUUUGCCCACAGAAACCGUUGAACAGAAAUUGGCGCGUGAAGAACAUUUGCGCAUUUAUAACGAACAACUUGCUUUAUUGAAGCAGCUAGAGACUCAGCGGUUGCAUGACAUUCACGAGGCUACGAAAUCGCAACAGAUGAGGAAACCUAACGAACCAAUGCAAAUGACGGAAAUGGGACACGUUCAACAAGGAAGUCAAGACUUUUCCGAAAUGCAAAAAACAACAAUAAUGGACAACAAAUCAUACAAACUAAGCCAAGCUCUUGGAAGCAAGUCUGCUGUUCAGGAUUCUGCGCAACAAUUAGCACAGAAAAGUGACAGUGUAAAGGAUGAUACCGUUAUACCUCAGCCUACGUAUAUUGGGGAUACUUCUGAAGUAAAACGAGCUCGUGAAGAGCAUUUACGUUUGGUGAAUGAAGUGAAAUCAAAAUAUAACUCAGAAAGAGCAGUCAAUCAUGCCGCUCCUAAAGUGAAGGGCGACUAUGAUCAUAAGUCUCUGUUACAACAAACAACAACAACGCAACAAGGCGUCCACCAUUCAGUUCAUAUUGAAGACACCCCAGAAGUGACGCGAGCCCGUGAAGAGCAUUUGAGAAUAUUCAAUGAAAUAAAGGCUAACGCCCAACAAAAGCAAGCGCCGUCAAAAACAGUUGAGCGUAGAAUUGAUAACGUUCAACCGAUUGCUAUAAGCGAAGAAGAAAUUGAGCGAAUAAAAGAAGCAGAACGUAAGCAAGAGGAAGACCAUUUUAUGGAAAUGGAAAGAAUACGGGAAGCGGAGCGUUUGCAACAGCAACAAAAACAACUUGAACUAGAACGCGUACGUGAGGCUGAACGUUUAGCUGAGGAACAAUAUCAAAUGGAAGCUGAACUUAUGCGUUUGAAACAGGAGGAAGAAACCCGUCUGGAGAUGGAUAGGCUCUUGGAAGCAAAACGUCUCAGAAAAGAAGAGGAAGAAUUAAAACAACAGCUUCAGGCGGAUGAAUUAGAGCAAAUAAAAGCUGAGGAACAAACACAUGCAAACGUAAAAUUGACAUCUGAUACUGCUAUUAAGCCGGUUGCUACCCUGCAGUAUGCCCAAUAUACGGACAAUCCGUAUAUAACGACCGGACCAAUUAUUGGCGAUAUACAAACGGCCGUACAACCGCAUUACGUAAGAAACACAUAUUUAAAAGGUGUAAGCCUUCAACCAUCUGGUUUGGGAAGCUACACGCUUGGACAGCAACCGCAACCCGCUUAUUAUAUUGUUCCGUAUGCCAGUGUUGCCGGCACUACUGGCAACGCUCAAUUCUUGAGAUAUGCACCCCAGGCAAGAUCUGCAGUUAUUCAGCAAUCAACACCACUACCACCAGUUCUGACAACAACAAAAGGUGACCAGCAGGCACAAAAAGAAGACAAUUCCCGAAUAGCGGCUCACACAGAGCUGGAGAAAGCAACACGUGAGCAUUUUCGAGCUCACGAAGUGGCUUUGGAACAACUACGCUUGGCAGCACUAAAAGAUGGCUCGAGUGAACCUAAAGAUUGCAAUUAA